AUUUAUUAUCAUUUCCUUCCCUUGUCCGGCCUUAGCUGCGCCUCUGUAAUGCUUACUAAAACCCAAAACCCUUAAAAUCUAAACAGAAAAGUCUCAACACAAAAAAUGAAAGCAUUUAGAAUAGCAAGAAUUCUGAACACCCAGACAUCAAAACCCAUAAAUUCAAAUCCUUUCAAUCUGAUUCUACUGCCCCGUUUCUUCUCAGCUCAACCCGAACCCAACUACACUGAAAUCGAGAACAACGACUCCGUCUUCGACAGCAGCCACUACACGAUCCCAGGUAUUCCUAAUGACGAUAGUAGCAUCACAGCAGCCUCUCAAGAGCCUGCUUGGGAUGAGAAAUACAGAGAACGAGCUGAUAAAGUAGUGUUUGGGCAAGAAACCCAGAAAAAAUCCCACUUCAAAAAGAUCCAGGAGCAGGAAUUUGAGGAUGAGAGAAGGAGAAUUUUAGCUAAAGCUUUGCUUGAGGCCGCGCUCGAACGGCCGGAUGAGGAGGAGGAUGAUGAGGUGGUUAAGGAGGAGGAUCAGAAAUCUCUUUGUGUUGGUAUUAUUGGUGCUCCUAAUGCUGGGAAAUCUGCCUUGACUAAUUAUAUGGUUGGGACAAAGGUUUCUGCUGUGUCACGGAAAACAAAUACAACAACUCAUGAAGUAUUGGGAGUAAUGACAAAAGGGAACACCCAAAUUUGUUUUUUUGAUACUCCUGGGCUUAUGCUAAAGAGCAAUGGAUUUACUUACAAAGAUGUGAAGGCUCGUGUGGAAAAUGCUUGGAGUGCAGUUGAUUUAUAUGAUAUGCUCAUGGUUGUUUUCGAUGUUCAUAGGCAUCUUACCAGGCCUGAUUCAAGAGUGAUGAGAUUAAUUGAACGUGUUGGAGAACAAACAGACUCAAAACAGAAGAGGAUAUUAUGUAUGAACAAGGUAGAUCUGGUUGAGAAAAAGAAAGACUUGCUCAAGGUUGCCGAGCAAUGCAAAGAUCUUCAUGGAUAUGAUAGGUGCUUCAUGAUAUCAGGACUGAAGGGUGCUGGCGUGAAGGAUCUAACACAAUAUUUGAUGGAGCAGGCAAUUAAAAGACCUUGGGAUGAGGACCCGUUAAAUAUGAGCGAAGAAGUCAUGAAAAACAUUUCCUUAGAGGUUGUUCGAGAAAAGUUAUUAGAUCAUGUACAUCAGGAAAUCCCAUACGGUAUAGAACAUAGAUUGAUAGAGUGGAAGGAGCUACGAGAUGGUUCUAUCAGGAUUGAACAACACUUGAUCACUCCCAAGCUAAGCCAGCGGAAGAUAAUUGUGGGUAAAAAAGGCUCAAAAAUAGGAAGGAUAGGUAUUGAAGCCAAUCAAGAGCUGAGAUCCAUUUUUAAGAAAGAAGUACACUUGAUCCUCCAGGUUAGACUUAAAUGAUCAGUUUAGCAAGAAGACCAAGUCUUGGUGAUCAGUUCAGCUAGCAGAAAGGUAAACCAGAGUUGAAUGAGCCACAGAAGAUGAGUUCUGAAAUGGCUAAAUUUUGCCAAGAUAUCGCACACACGAGGGCAGAGAUACCGGACAAACUGAAUGAAACAUCAAUACUUGCAUGCUAACACCAUUUUUAUAAUUGUAGAUAUGACCCUACGGCAAGUAGCUUCAAGUUCCAAUCUCCUUUCUUGGCUUCAUGAAGGCUAUUUAGAAGCGAGAUUUAAGUGACUUGUAGCAUUUUUGUUUCUUUUUGUCUGCAGCUUUGUGCCUCUCAUUUUUGGUAAUUGAGAAAUCUAUCCUAUAAGCAUUGUCUGAGAGCGAAAUCACUUAUGGAUCGACUAAGGCUGGUACGAAGACUCCUACGAGGAAGCAAAAAAAUCUAGGAUUGUCCAGAGGGGACUUACCAUACAACUGCUGGCUUUCAUUCAGACGGUAGCCAAAUCAGUUCUAAUUUGCUUGCUUGAUGAGGAACCUAAGGAAACUAAAACAAAUGUUCUAUUUUAUAAUUUUUAUUUAAUUAUUUGUUUUUUGAUAGCGGGAAGGAGAGGUUUAAUCUUAACCUGGCUUUCAGAAUUGUACAAUAUGUUCUUACACACUUGUCGAGACGAUGUUGUGUUUUAUUUGACGUCGAGAUUCUUGCA